AUGGAUGUCUUACGCGACUAUGUGGACGGAACCUUCGAAGGCCGAUACGUGUAUGGCGAUCCGGCGUACGGCUGCAACCAUUGCAUGAUCUGCCCCUUUGCGUCCCCGGACGCCGACAGCAAUGAACGCCGAUUCAACGCCCGAAUGAGCAAAGUUUGUGAAGCCGUGGAAUGGAGCUUUGGCCGCCUCAAAAUCCUGUGGCCAUUCGUAUUUGACGACAAGAAGAUGCAAGUACGACGAACACCCGCAGGCAAGUUGUUUUACGUGGCCGUUCUGUUCACCAACUGUCACUGCUGCAUGCAGCCCAUGGGAAAUCAAAUUUCGAUUCCACCGAUGAGUAAGGACGAGUGGGACGAGUAG